CAGUUCUCUCUCUCUCUCAAGAAAACCCAACUCCAAAAGGCAACAACAACUAUCAUCCAAUCAAUUUGCCGUUUUGUUCCUCACUGCAGAAGAAGACGACUAGAAAAAGUGUCAGUUAUAUCUCUUCCCCUCCAUCUCUCUCUCUCUCUCUCUUAAUGGUUUAGGUUCUCUUUUGCCUCUUUGUGGGUUACCCAUCGCUUCUUCUUAAACACGUCUAGCGUUUGUUAGGUUGCGCCGUUGGGGUGAUGGGCCCCUUUCUUCACCGAGGAUUAAUGUAAGUGAGACCCCUCUCUCCUCUUUCAGUGCUUGCAUCUUUUGCUUUAGUGUUGUGGGUUUCUGAGGAGGAAGGGAGCGUGGAGUUUGUGGUCUUUCUUGUUUCCUUCGUAAAAGACGCGGCAAAGGGUUCUUUUAGGAGUUUCGAGAUAGCUGUUUGAUUUUGGUUGUGGGUUUCGGAGUUGGAGCCUUGGAGAGAUGUCCUUGUUCUGUUUGUGACUGACGGUAUAGAUUAGGGUUUGCAGUUUUCUCUGCGAGGAACAAGGAACGCGGAGUGUCAUUUUGUCAUGUUUUUUUGACUCUCGCUUUGGGAGAUGGACAUAUGGUGAGUGAGACUCGGUUUCUGAACAACAAGGUUCAUUUGGGCUUUAUGGAUUGUCCAUUGAACCUUUCUGAUAAGGUGGGCUGCAAAGGAGAGGGAUCUUUCCCUACUUUCGGCGCCUGAUCAGUGGACGAGCCUAGGAAUUUCCCUGUUGCUGCUGUAAAAAGCUGGUUGAGGGAUUCUAUUAGCUUCUUCCUGUGAUGGGUUUUUGAUUUUGAAGGUGGGUUUUGGAGAUGAAGAAUUGAAGAGACAGUAACUGUUCAGUUUUUUCUAUCAUUGGUGACAUGUUCUGAUCGGUCUAUUCUUUUCCAUUGUUUGAAAGUAACUUAUUUGAUCUUGAAGUGGAUUUUGAAGAUAGGGAGAUGUUAAUUAGUUCGGAUUGGUAAGCUUUUGAAUGUGGAAAAAUGGAGAGAGGAAUUCAACCUCCGCUGGUUGAUACCACCGCAUGUUUCUGUAGAGUAGAUGCAGGCCUGAAAACUGUUGCUGGGGCAAAGAAAUUUGUUUCAGGAACAAAGAUCUGCAUUCAGCCCGACAUCAGACCAUCUAUUCACCCCACUAGGCAGAAGGCAGCUCGUGGUGAAAGGGUUCGGAACCAAUCUCCUCUACUCCCUGGACUCCCUGAUGAUCUGGCUAUUGCUUGCUUGAUCAGGGUCCCACGGGUUGAGCACAGGAAGCUAAGGCUAGUCUGCAAGAGGUGGUACCGCCUCCUAGCAGGGAACUUCUUUUAUUCCCUCCGGAAGAACCUUGGUAUUGCAGAAGAAUGGAUUUACGUGAUAAAGAGAGACCGGGAUGGGAAGAUCUCAUGGCAUGCCUUUGACCCCAUAUACCAGCUCUGGCAGCCCCUGCCUCCUGUUCCUGGAGAGUAUGCUGAAGCCCUUGGGUUUGGAUGUGCUGUUCUCAGUGGAUGUCACCUUUACCUGUUUGGUGGAAAAGACCCAAUCAAAGGAUCAAUGAGACGAGUCAUCUUUUACAGCGCCAGGACAAAUAAAUGGCACCGAGCACCGGAUAUGCUACGACGGCGGCAUUUUUUUGGUUCCUGCGUCAUAAACAACUGCUUGUAUGUUGCUGGGGGGGAGAGCGAGGGAGCCCAUAGAUUCCUGAGGUCAGCAGAGGUAUAUGAUCCAAACAAGAACAGGUGGUCCUUCAUUGCAGAUAUGAGUACUGCAAUGGUGCCAUUCAUUGGAGUUGUCUAUGAGGGAAGGUGGUUCCUGAAGGGCCUGGGGCCUCACCGCCAGGUUUUGAGCGAGGUCUACCACCCUGAGACUGAUAGUUGGUACCCAGUCUAUAAUGGUAUGGUUGCAGGCUGGCGAAACCCUAGUACUGCUCUCAAUGGGCAGCUCUAUGCCUUGGAUUGCAAGGAUGGUUGCAAGCUGAGGGUCUUUGAUGAAGCCAGUGAUUCUUGGAGCAAGCACAUUGACAGUAAAAUGCACCUGGGGAGUUCCCGAGCCUUGGAAGCAGCUGCACUUGUCCCUCUGAAUGGGAAGCUGUGCAUCAUCCGUAACAACAUGAGUAUAUCCAUGGUGGACGUUUCAAAGGCUGAUGAUGCAAAUGGGGCUGCUACAGAACAUCUGUGGGAGACAAUUGCAGGCAAGGGGCAGUUCAAGACCUUCGUGACAAACCUCUGGUCAAGCAUCGCCGGCCGUAGCCGCCUGAAAAGCCAUAUUCUUCACUGUCAGGUUCUUCAAGCUUAGAACACCCGAGAUAUCAACACAGUCCAGACUUGAUAUCUCUUGAUCCGAUGAAACUGGGCACGGGAGAUAAGAAAAGAAAAUCAAGUAGGAGAAUAAACCGAUAGCAGUGCAAUUGUUUGAAGCUAUGAUCAUCUGUAGAAGCAAGGUGCUUUAUGGAUGAUGCCUGUUUUUCGUUCUGAGUUUGUUAUAUUAUACUACAAUAUUAUACCCAUAGCCUUACAUGGUAGAAAAUUGAAGAAAUUAUAGUCCCUUUUUUUCCCUCAUCUCUUGUACAAUCUACGAGAAAUAUCAUGUUGAUAACAAGGGUAGAUCGUAGAUGUGACCAUCUGCAACCUUAUUUUGCUCCAUU